AUGGAUUCACCUUUGAUGAGGACAGAAAGUCCAACACCUUUAGGGAGCCUUUCACAAUUCUCCCAAACAAAGCCUAUAUACCCCACACGAUGCAUUCAUACUAUUUCACAAGAGGAUCGUAAUUCAGUUUUAUCUCUCGUUACCAGUCAACGUUAUCUUUUCAGUGGGAGUCAAAGCUCUCAAAUUCAUGUUUGGGAUCUCCAAACUUUCACUUUAGUUACAGUCUUACGAGGACAUAAAGGGAGUGUACUUGGAUUAACAUUAUCUGAAGAUGAAAAAUAUCUGUUUAGCAGUUCUAGUGACGGAACAGUGAGAGUUUGGAAUACGGAGACAUUAAAAUGCGCCUACCUUAUUCAAUCGUGUCAUGAUGUAGGCGAUGUUUUUUCAAUUUGUUAUUCGGAUUUGAAUCAUAUGGUUUAUUUUGGUAGUCAGAAUACCAGUAUUCAGUGGUACAAUCUUACUGAUGCUCAAACGCAUGGUGUAAGCGUGGAUAAGACUACCAUCACAAGAAGAUGUAAGAGCCAAGUGAUCAAUUUCUUCGAUAAGGAUGAAAGUGCAGACGAUGAAAAAGAACGAUUAUUACAGCAAGAAUUGGAUAGAGAUGUGAUAAAGUGUAUUGUAAGAGAGAAGAACAUAUGCAAUAAUGCCCACAAUGGUUAUGUUUAUUGCUUACUGUAUGCAACUGACAUUCCUAAUGUGGAUGGGGAAGUUUUGAUAAGCGGCUCCGGAGACGGUGAUGUCAAGAUAUGGUCUAUCAAAGAAUCUGGAAUUGAAUUAAUCCAUACAUUAAGCGGUAAUCCAGAUAAAGGUAUCUUAUGUCUUGCCCUGUCCGAGGAUGGUUAUUUAUUCUGUGGCGUUCAAGGUGGCGAUAUACAAAUUUGGGACUUGGAAACUUUUCAAAUGAUUCGAUCUGUUAUGGCUCACAAUGAUGAUGUGCUAGCAGUGUCUAUCAAGAGCCCUGGUUUUGUUAGUGCUUCAGCUGAUGGGACGAUCAAAAUAUGGAGUGAGGGUUUCCUGCUUACGGAGAGCCUAGUAGAGCAUCAGGGCAUUGUUUUAUCAUUGGCGACCAGUGGUAAUUACUUGAUAUCGGGAAGUAAUGAUCAUACCAUCAAGUUCUGGGAUAUGCCUUUGCCUGUGCAAACCGGAUUCGAACCUUUCCGUCGGAAAAGCACAACUAUUAGUGAAACACCCACGAGCGAUACUAUGCUUUACGUGCUCGAAAAAUGGAUUGCAAUGCGUACUGUUAGCGGUGAUCCACGAUACAUGGAAGAAUGUAGAAGGGGUGCUCGAUUCCUCAAAAAUGUGUUUCAACAGCUUGGGGCUGUUAGUCGAAUGAUUCCAGGUGCUAGUGGCCGGAAUCCUUUGGUUUACGGUAAAUUCACAGGCAAGCGGAACAAUCCUUCCAACGACGCUAAAAAAGUACCUACAGUCCUCAUCUAUGGUCAUUAUGAUGUUAUUUCUGCUGAAAAUGAGAAUAAGUUGUGGGGAAGUCCUCCUUUCAAUUUGACAGGAAAAAAUGGGUAUCUUUAUGGCCGUGGAGUUAGCGAUAAUAAGGGACCUAUUUUAGCAUGUGUAUUUGCUGUGAAUGAGCUAUUAAAGCAAGGACAGUUGGACGUGAAUGUGAUUUUCCUCAUUGAAGGCGAAGAAGAAAGCGGAAGUGUGGGUUUUUAUGAAGCUGUUACGGAAUCUGCAGAGCUAUUUCAGGAUGUAGACAUGAUUCUGUUGAGCAAUUCAUACUGGCUUGGUGAAGAUGUUCCUUGCAUUACUUAUGGGUUGCGUGGCGUCAUUCAUGCUACAAUUGCGAUCAGCAAUAAGCGUGCUGAUUUGCACUCCGGUGUGGAGGGCGGUGCUGUCUCGGAACCACUCAUGGAUCUUAUUCAUGUGCUUGGCAAAUUAGUAGAUGAUGAACAAAACAAGGUUCUUAUACCCGGUUUUUAUGACCAUGUUCGACCUCUGACACCAUCGGAAGAAAAGCUCUAUGACCCAAUCGUCGAAUGGAUGCGUACAUCAAAAGUACCAGCAGCAGCAACAGCACCAGCGCAUAAUCAUUCAAAGCGUGCCACGGCUCCUCAUCAGCAGCCUAACGUUGGAUCACCUAUUCUUGGUAAGCAAUCGUUGAACCAAGUAGACCAUCCCCAACAAAUCAAACAGCAGCUUAUGUCUCGUUGGCGUUACCCUACAUUAACUGUGCAUAAAAUUGAUGUGUCCAUUAACAACCCUACCAUUAUUCCUCGCAGCGCAAAAGCCGCCGUAAGUAUGCGUGUUGUACCGGACCAAGAUAUAUCCGAUAUCUGUAAACAAUUUGAACACUAUGUACAUAGCGUGUUUUCAAAGAGUACACACUCAGAUAAUACCAUCUCGGUGAUUAUUGAAAGUGCUGCUGAAUAUUGGCUAGGAGACUUGAAUAGUAAGUACUUUAAAGCCGUGGAGAGAGCUAUUCAAGAUGAAUGGCAAAUGAAGCCUUUAUACAUUCGAGAAGGUGGCUCUAUCCCGGCCGUGAGAUGGCUGGAGAAAUUCUGUAACGCACCAGCCGUUCAUAUUCCCUUUGGACAAUCAUCGGAUCAAGCUCAUCUCCACAACGAACGUAUUCGUUUAUUGAAUCUUCAUGCCGGCAGAAGAAUCAUUAAAACUCUAUUAAGCGAUAUCCCUCAUUUGUGA